AUGGCCGAGCCCAAAUCGAAUCUCGCUCAGCAGUCGGCGCAAGCCGCGUCUACGUCUGCGCUUGCGCCUGUGACUGCUACAGUAUCAGUAUCGGCGACCCCCUCAGCUUCAGCAACUUCUACCCCAGCAGCAGUCCAUGCCCGUACCUCCGCAACUCCAGCGACGCCGGUAGCAGUGGCGAUUGGGGUUGGCAGCAGCGAAACGCCACGCAGCGACGCCGAGCCACCCAACAAACGACAACGCACACAGUCCGAUUUUGACCCCUCGAUUAUCAUUGGCGGCGAUGCAGGCGAGAUCAAACUGACUCUCGGGCAGAUCAAGUACGCUCAAAAUUGCAUUAAGGCCCUGAAGGGUCGCACAGAGGCACGAGCAUUCCUUGCUCCUGUUGAUCCAGUCCUGCUGGGAAUCCCUCAUUACCGCAACAUCAUAACCAAUCCCAUGGACCUUGGAACUGUGGACAUCAAGCUGGCCUUGACCGCGGCGGCAGCCAAGGGCGGAAACAAGCCGACAGAGAAGGUCAAGCUGGCACCUAAAUGGGGGCUUGAUCCAGCCAAGGACGUGUACACACAAGUGGAAGAAUUCGAGCGGGACGUUCGCCUGACAUUCCAAAAUUGCAGGACGUUCAAUGGCCCACAGCACGCUAUCUCGCAGAGCGCUGAUUUGCUUGACGGCGUAUUUGACAAGCAAAUGAAGAGCUUCCCGCCCGCCGAUGCACCACCGCCACCUGAGUUUCUUGUGGAUGAGAAGCCAUCUGCUGGAAUUCCUGGCGCCGCUGGUGCUGCGGCGAGUGGCAGCGGCACAUCUGGCGGCCUCGCUGGCAACGAGCAGGAUCGACGCAUCUCGCUGGAUGGCAGACCGAAGCGAGAGGUCCACCCUCCUCCACCUCGGGACAUUCAGUACGAUGAGCCGCAGGCGCUGAAGAACAAGAAGAAAAAGAAGUCUCGCGCAUCCAUGACGCCGGCCGAGGCGAUGCAUUGGGACAAGGUGGCGAAGGAGGAGCUAAAGUUCUGCUCAAAGCUGAUCGACGACCUUCUCAAGCCGACGCAUCAAGAUGUUGCCUGGGUCUUCUACGAGUUGCCUGACCGCAGCUACGACUUUGCGCCCGCUUACUACGCCAUGAUCAAGAAGCCCAUCUCGCUGAUGCUCAUCCAGCGCAAAGUCAAGAACGGGCAGUACGUCGAUGGAGAAGAGUUUGACGCGGACAUGCAGCUCCUCUUCCGCAAUUGCUUCACCUUUAAUCCGCCUGGCUCGGAUGUUGCUCUGAUGGGGGAGCGACUCAAGGAAACGUACGAAAAGCUAUUCAUGAAAAAGCCAGAGCCCAAACCCUUUGUUGAGGAGGAGAGUGAUGAGGAUGAGGAACCGGAUGAGGCGACGGGUAAGUCUUGUGGCAAGCCGACUGCCAAGAUGCUAGCCGUCGCCAAGGGCACGCUCUCCACUCUUGGCGCACUCCCAGAAGUUGCGGCAUUGACUGCACCUGUGAAAAAGGAAGCGCCUAAGCGUCGUAAGUCUGUCGGUGCCGCAGAUGCGCCGAAGAAGGCUAAGAAGCCGAAGAAGGAGGCAAGUGCGCCGGAGAGUGCGGUGAAAAAGUCAAAGAAACCAAAAAAAUCAAGCAAUGGCGGAGGAGGACGCCUGGGCAGUGAUGAGGAGGACGUCAGGGUGGUCACGUACGAGCAAAAGGAAGAGCUCGCAGCCAAGAUCACCGAGCUUCCUGACGAUCGCCUCGAAGGCGCACUGAAGAUCAUUGCGGAGGAUAAGCCACACAGCGCGAACGACGAUGAAGAGAUUGAACUGGAUAUUGAUGAUCUAAGCGCCAAGACGCUAUACAAGCUCUACCGCUACGUCGUCCGGCCAAAGAACAAGAAGACGACAAAUAGCAAUCCAGCAAAGAACGCCAGCGAUGGACGAAAACGCGGGACAGGAGGCUUGAAGAGGAAGAAUCUGGAUGAGGGAGAGGAGAGCGAGCGGAUUAGGAGAUUACAGGCGCAAUUGCAACAAUUUGAAGGUGGUGCGGACGGAGGUACGUCCGAACGUCUCGCGCACGUCUUGUCUAAUGCGCUAAACACUGAUAACAAGCAUUUUCCCUCAAUCCAGCACCAGGAACAUCUCAAGCGCAUGGACAUGAUGACCUUGUCGCGUCCGAAAGUUCGGGCGAAGAGGAGGACAGCGACGAUUCUGGCAGCGACUACUAAGACGCUGGCAUUCACCCACCCACAUCCGAGAGGGGCUGCAAAAGUGAAGCGCAUUUGUUUGUUUUCGUCUCUGCGCAGCGUGGACUGUAUGGGGUAG